UGGGAGUUCUGUCCCUCAACUUAAAAAAAAGAAAAAGAAAAAAAGGUUUCCCUUACUUGAAACAUAUGGAGGUUCACCUUCAUUUUGGAUUGUCAAGGGUCAGAUAGACAGUGCUCCGCAACCAGGCCAAAUAUGUUUGGGAAGAGAUACCGGUCCUCCGCGGAGUGGUGGUCAAAGAAUCAGAACCGGUUCAUGACCACCAGUAAGCGUGUGCAGGACAGGAGCAAAAUGAAGAGGGUUCAUGAUCUUGAGGUUGUGACUGAGAAAUGGAAGAUAGCAUCCAAGGUGUUGUUCUUGAUGGAGUUACUGAAGAAGGAGCUGGAAAUGAUAAUGCCGGUGAGGUCAUUGGACAAGUUCCGUGCGCAGAUUAGUCUUCCUAAGCCGCAUAGGAUGUCUGAUUUCAUUAGGAAAUCUCCGAAACUGUUUGAGUUGUAUAAGGACCGUAGGGGAGUUUUGUGGUGUGGGAUGACUGAGCAAGCUGAGGAGUUGGUUGAGGAAGAGGAUAGGAUACUUGAGGAGCAUCAAGAUAAGGCUGCUGAGUAUGUUACGCGAUUUCUUAUGAUGUCUGUUGAUAAGCGGCUUCGAGUUGACAAGAUUGCUCAUUACAGGAGAGACUUCGCUCUUCCUAAUGAUUUUAGGACUACCUGGGUGCAUAAGUAUCCACAAUACUUUAGACUGGUCCGGGAUAAUGAAGACAUUGAAUACUUGGAACUUGUUUCUUGGAAUCCUGCUUGGGCUAUAACGGAGUUGGAGAAGAAGACAAUGGGGGUUACUGAUGCCAGUGCUCAUACCCCUGGAUUGCUGACACUCCCGUUUCCUUUGAAGUUCCCUCCCAAUUACAAGAAGAGAGUGUACAAGUAUCGGGGAGCACUUGAUCAUUUUCAGAAAAGGUCUUAUUUGUCACCUUAUGCAGAUGCCAGGGGACUCAAAGCCGGGUCGAAAGAAUUUGACAAGAGGGCAGUGGCUAUUAUGCAUGAGCUUCUUAGCUUUACUGUAGAGAAGAGAUUGGUGACUGAUCACCUCACUCACUUCAGACAGGAACUUGUGAUGCCCCAAAAGCUUAUGAGACUAUUUCUGAAGCAUUUUGGCAUUUUUUAUGUCUCGGAGAGGGGGAAGAGAUUUAGUGUCUUCUUGACAGAAGCUUAUGAAGGUUCAGAGCUCAUUGAGAAGUGCCCUUUGGUUAUUUGGAAGGAAAAAGUUCAGAGCCUUAUUGGUUACAGGAAAAAGAAAAAGAUCGAGACUUUUACUGACAUGUCAGACAUGGAGGACAGUAGUUUAUAUAGGAGCAGUUCUGAAAGUGAAAGUGAUUCUGAAGAAGAGAGCAUUCACUUGGAGGAUAACUCACAUACAGAUAAUUCUGAAAUGGAGAUUGACGAGGUUUUCAGAGCUUACGAGGACUCUAAAACAUCUUAGUUAUGUUGUUCGUAAGUGUAGAAUAACUGGCAUUACCGGAUCUGUCAAGUGAAAGGCUUAACAA